ACUUAGUCGACCGGAAAGCGACGACAACAGCCCAUCAUGUUUCCGACACUAGUACGCAGGACGGCCGAGAAGGCCACAUCUUCCUUGCUGAGGAACACGGCUUCAACAGCUUUGAAAUCGGCUAGCACCGGACCGUAUAAGCUGAAGAAGGUCUGGCCUCCAGACUUCACCAAGCUUUCCGAAAAAGACCAAUUCCGAUUCGAACGGCGAUAUAAACGGAGACUGAAGCUUGCAACUGUGCGGCCGCGAUGGGAUAAAUUCAUAAAACUGGCACAGUUGUUUAGUAUGAUUUCCGUCCUGAUUUAUACCGUUUUAUUCAUGGACUGGGAACAAGAGAAUAAUCCAUUCCAAGGGAUCAGGGACAGGUUCUGGGAUUUCUUCGGUGCCCUCACGCCCGAGCAGAGACACCAAAGGCGAACUCCCGAUAUAGAAGCGAUCACGAACCGCAAGCAAAUAUAAUAUGUACAAUACGAGUCUCACGUCUCAUGAUCGCAUGUGGAGUUAUAGAGGUGGGAAAAUACCCAAUUGAUAUUUCAUUCGCACCUGUAUAGACGAAUCUCCAUUAAAAGACGAUGCUAUCCCUCCUCGAUGCUUAUCCGUAC